AUGAUUAAACCCAGCGUAACCGCCAGCGAAAUGUUCGACACGCUCGCAUCAAGCUAUGAGGCCUCUACUGGUGGCUGCACUCGCGAAACUGCCAUGCAUCUCGUCGACAUACUGCCCCCAAUCGACUCCGACUCCGUCGUUCUAGACAACGCAUGCGGAAAUGGUAUUGUCGCGCAAGAAAUUCUAUUCAAAUACCCAGAUGCUCCGAUCAAGAUCACCUGUGUUGACAAUGCGAAAUCGAUGGUUGAUCUAGCGCGGCACACCCUUCCAGCUACGAAGUCUUCGGCGACUUUGUCCUUUGAUGUCAUGGACGGUGUCGACCUGACAUACCCCGAUGAGACGUUUACGCACUCCAUAACCAACAUGGGCAUCUUUUUCUUCCCCGACGCGGAAAAGGGUGCAGCGCAAAUCCAUCGUACGCUCAAGCCAGCAGGAACAGCGAUUGUUACUAGCUGGAAGUCUGUAGGCCACAUGACUGUUGUACACGAAGCACAGAAAGCGGUCAAGCCAGAAGAGCCCUUGUUUCGCUGGCCUGUUUCGGACGAUUGGUUCGAGGCUUCGCAUCUCAAGAAGACGCUGGAAGGUGCAGGAUUCAAAGAUGUUGAGUUGCACGAGAAGGCAGUGUACUAUGCUUCAAGGAGCUCAGAAGAGACUUGCGGCUAUUUGUUCGGCAUGUGGAAGCAUAUGGGUCCAAAGUGGACAGACGAAGAGAACGAAGAAUUCAGAAAGCAAUUGAACAUUGCCGGGAAAAAAGCUGCCGUGAAGAUUCAGAGGCCUUUGAAUGGAAAAGAUGACGCGGAUGUAAUCGAAGUAGAGGGGUUCAAAUGUGUAGCGCAUGUUGCUGUCGCUAGGAAGUAA